UAGCAUAUGAACUUUCUCAGUUGCUCUUUACAUUUUGAUCAAUUUUCAUAAUUCCAUUUUCUCCUCUCUCUGAAACUAUACACAUCCUCUUCGAUCUCCACGCAAGAAAUGGCGGCUCUGAAUCUCUCUCAUCUUUUCAAAGCCCUAAACCCCCAAAUAUCCCAUUCCAAUAACCCUUCUAAAGCCCCAACUUUGCUGCUUUCUCUUUCGUACCCUCUUCCCUCCACCUCGCCGGCACUCCUCCCCUGCACCCUCACACACCAAAUCCCAUCAAGACUUCACCCGUUGAGAGCCGUCGGGGACGAUGAAUACUCAGCUAGGAGAAUCAGUAAUGAAGUAAAAGAAGCCAUUUUGCUGCCUGGCUGUGACUACAACCACUGGCUUAUAGUCAUGGACUUCCCCAAAGACCCUGCCCCUACCAGAGAUCAGAUGAUCGACACUUAUCUUAAUACUCUCGCCACUGUUCUUGGCAGUAUGGAAGAAGCAAAGAAGAACAUGUAUGCUUUUAGUACAACUACUUACACGGGAUUUCAAUGCACUGUAUCUGAAGAAACAUCAGAAAGGUUUAAGGGAUUACCUGGGGUUUUGUGGGUCUUACCGGAUUCUUAUAUAGAUGUAAAGAACAAGGACUAUGGAGGGGAUAAGUACAUGAAUGGUGAGAUAAUUCCAAGCCAGUACCCUACAUACCACCAAAAGAAGUCUAAUUCCCCAAAAAACAAGAGUAGAUCAUACGUGAGAAGAAGAGAUGGUUCCCUCGAACGGCAGAGACAGGAAACUUCUUCCUAGAAGCAUAUACUGGUAGAUAUUCAGUUAAAGAGUCGAACUGCCUUGUUAGAAAUGCCAAUGUAUGAGCACAGCCUCAACUUGGGUGGGGUAUUUACAAAGAAAGAUGCACAAGUGCUUCUCCAUUAGAAUUUUAAUGUAGUAUUACUUCAGUGAAGCUGUUGUUUCUCAUCUUUAUUCUUUAAUUUUGUGAACACAACUGGCUAAUUUCAUUGUAAAGAUUAUAUUAUUAUUAUUUUAUUAUUAUUCAGUUUGUGGUGA